AUGACCUCACUUCGGGGCCGCUGGCCUCUCCUCUUCCUCUUUUGCAUCAGCCUUUUUACUCUCUGCGAUGCCUCCAGUCCAAAACGCCGCAGUUUGUUCCAGCCAAUUCAGUCCAAACCGCGCCAAAAGACGUCCGAAUUGCGCGGAAACUCCAGUAUUGCCGACAUCGCAGCCAGAGACAUCUUCGAUCCCUUCUCGACCUCUCUUGAGAAACGCCAGUACACUUGCCCAUCCGGCUAUUCGCUCUGUACAACUUCCCGCCGCUGCUGCCCCUCUCCCGCCGACGCCUGCUGCAGCGACGGGACGUGUGUCAUCCGCGGCACGGAGGAGUGCUGUCUCACUGGCGGCGCAUGUCCCGAGGGUCAGUCCUGCUGCCGCGAUGGAUGCAUACCCGCCGACGGAAAAUGCUGUUCCGUCGGCGACGGUUACUGCGAGGCCGACGAGAAGUGCUGCUCGAAUGGGGUCACCUGUGCCCCGUUAGAUGGCGAGUGCUGUAAUGUCCGGGGGUACUGUCCGAGGGGACAGAGAUGCGUUGUACUCAAUGGAGAGCGGGGUUGCUGUCCGCUGUCCGGGUGCUAUUCGACCGAUUAUGAUUCUGACGACGAUGACGACGACGAUGACGAGGAGACAUCAAUAACCACUUCUUCAUCCUCAUCGUCAGUAACUACCUACACCCAAAUCAUCUACUGGUACUACUGGGUCUACUGGUAUAUCGAAGUAUGGUGGUACAUCGAAAUCGACAUCCAGACGAGCACACUGUCACUUACGUCUUCGUCGACGCGGACAUCUUCCACGGCCACGGUCUCAGCGUCGAACUCCGCGGCCGCGAGCUCGAUCUUCGAGGGCAUCAGUGAGAGUGUCAGUGCCUCGGCAACCACGACGCCGGAUCUAGAUGACGUGCCGACCAGGACGACGACUACCACAACGGCCGGGCCGACUUCGACAGAUGACGCGGAUUCUGACUCUGGACCUGUAGUUACUGGUGGGUCGGGGCCGACUGGUGACUCUUCAGGUGGUGUAAACGAGACUUCUGUGCCCAAUGUUGACAAGGCUGCCAGUUUGAGUAGUGAAGGAAUGUGGGCGACGGGGGUUCUCAUUCCGAAACAUCGACUAGCACCCAAGUACAAUGCCCUUCGCCCGCUAUAUUCGGUCCACACGCAGAUCACGGCACAUCCCGUCAAUUCCUUCCGCCCACGCUAUACUGCGAACCGCGAAUUAUGUUAA